AUGAAUUUGAACGAGACGGUCGUAUGCUUCUUGGCGGUCACCUUUGAAUCAUUACUGUUCGGGAUCAGCCUGGCCCUUUUAGCUUUCACUCUAAAGGAAUUACUACGCCCGCCCUCCGUCAACUGGAGAAUGUUCGCCCUCAUCUGCAUGUUUUUCACACUGUCUAUCAUUGGUUACUCAACAAUGUUAUACAGUAACAUCACGUUCACUAUCUUGGUUACACGUGGGGCCGUCGAAAACACGGCAGUUUCGUACGCAGUGUUUUUCUAUUCGGGUUUGUCGACGACUAGAAGGGCAAUUUGUCUCCUGCCGUAUAUGGGCAGUGGGCUGCUCGCAGACGCUGUGGUGGUCAUCCAGGCUCUGGCGAAAAAAAUGGGUAUUGGUCUUACCAUGUACUUUGUGGAUUUGUCUCCUUCGGCAGUUGGAACUCUGGUAACCCGACUUCGCGCUAGUGAUUUUAAUCCAGAGAGAGAACAGGUAGCGCGGAUCUGGUCUACCAUUUCUAUAUGUCUGUCUUUAGCCACAAACCUUCUUAGCACAGGUCUUCUGGCUUAUAAAGUUUAUUCCGUGAACAUGGCAGCCGGCCCAUACCGCCUUAGCACCUCCUCACCGACGUUAGCCAUGAACAUUCUGCGGGUGGUAGUCGAAUCUGGAAUAAUUUACUCUGUGUGGUUGAUUGUCGGUCUAGUUUUGCUGGUGACUCGUGCGAGUAUUACGAGGGUAUUUCUUAGUCUUAACUCUAUCAUCCCUAUCACUUUCUACCUCAUUAUUAUCCGACUCGGGCAAGCACGUCGAAAAGAAUCGGAAAGCACGGGAAUGGAAUCUGGCAUGGUGUUCCGGACGACCACGAACUCGGACUUCACCGACUUCACCUUUACUACAAUCCACAGUCGAAGGAACGCUGUUGGAACUUUAUCCAAUCUCUCUGGGAAAGGUAGCUUCGGCAAGAGUGUAGGGAGCCUAUACAGUGACGGGUACACCAGUCCACCACUUUCUCCGAGAAGCCUGCCACGCAAGGGCUCGGUGGUGAGAGUCAUUGAACAUGGGCAUGAGCUGGCGAUACGCACCGGAAGAUCGUCAUAUGAUGCGAGUACUGUGACCUUGGGUUCCAAUACGAGCCCAAGUCCUCAGAGCUCUCUGCAUUUGAGAAAGGGUUCGCAAGACUCGUCUGUAAUGGUCAUUCAGAGUGCGCCAACCGGACCAUUGAAGGAGGUUCCGGAGGCUGUGAUUAAGGGUUGA